AGAAAGAGGCAGUUGGACAUUUGAGGAAGUAGAGGGCUGAUUGGUGGCAAACCUCGAGCCUUUAGUAUAAGGGCAUGAACCAAAAGGAAGUGUCCGAGGUUGGGCCAUUGACACGAGACUCAACCUGAACAGAUAACAGUCCGCAUGAACAUCAGCCGAAGUCGCCAAAGGCAGUUGUCUACACUGUCAGAUGGUCAAGACAAGUCCAUCCAGAACACUUGCAGAUUAUCCAGCCCUCCAGGUAGUAAACAGGACCACCGAGGCCAUGCAUAGAGUUAGAGUCGAGCAGAGCUACUGGUUGGAUGAAGAAUCCGAAAUCAAACUCCAACAGUUGGGAGCCACGCUGGUUGACGAGGUCAUUGUGAAAGAUGACUACUACGAUAACGACACAUUUGAUUUGGCCACAAAUCAAAUCUGGCUGAGUCAGAGAGACCACCAGUGGCAACUCAUUAUUGCUGUCCCAAAGUCCAACACCAACAGAGAUGGCGGGGAACAGGGAGAAUGGAACUCGCUGGUGGCCAGGGCAGAGACAAGAAAAAGCAGGCUCCAGGACCUGGAUGGCCCAAACUCGGAGACAAGACAGGGAAGCAAUCCCAGAUUAAGGUCACGGAAUGACGAAGGAGACAGACCUGGAAAUGAGGACAGAGAAAUGGGAGAAGGAAACCCAGUGCAGCAGCAAACAGCAACAGAUCCUCAACAAUGGGAUGGGACAACCAGCCCAGAAGAUGGUGCACUUGACAAAACAGAGCCUCGGUACACUCACCAUGAGCUCAGGUCACAAGAGCAGAUUAUAGAGUAUAUUGCACAGUUCCUGCAGAUCUCUUUGACAGGAGAAAGCAGUGAAAUGAAGUUGAGCCAUUUUCUGCAACUGGCAAAAAUUUACCACUAUGCAAGUUGUCACACAGCCAAGAGGAGAACGUACAAUCUGAAGGAUUCCUGCAGAAUUGUGAUAGAGAAGGACCAGCUAGCACCCAGAUGUUUGGCAAUGAUGUACAUUGAUGCUGAUGUGUCAAAUAUCAUCAAAGACCUUGAAAAUAUGGAAGAAAUGGCAGCACUCUUGAGAAUGGAGCCAAUUCUAGCUUAAAAUUUUUAUUCAAUUUCCAAGUCAUAAAAUCUUAGAACAUGUAGAAACAGUCCCUUCAAAGUACUGAGUCGAUGCUGACCAUCAUCCAACCAUUUACUCUCACCUUACAUUCAUCCAGUUCUUAAUCCCCAUUCUCACCAACUUCCUCCAGAUUCUACCACUCCCCUACGCACUUGGGCAGCCAACUGUAGACAUGCCUCUGGGAUGUAGGGGGAAACCAGAGCACCCAGAGGGAAGCCACGUGGUCACAAUGAGAAUACCCAAACUCCACAUUCACAGAACCCAAGCUCAAAGUCAAACUUGGGUCCAUAGCUAGAGACAGCAGCUCUACUAAUCGUGCCAAGUUGAAAACCACCAUGUGUUUCUACAUAACACCAUUUAUCAAAUAUGAAGAUGGACUGUGGAAAUAUUGACUAGUUCAUUCCUAAAGUACUGAUGGACUCCACAUGCAAAUUUUCCUCACUUUCAAUGUUUAUAAAUGUCAACUUGAAGAAUUGGCAUUUUGAACUACAAAUCAUAAAUAAUUUCAUCUUGCUUCCUUUCAGAUGAACGAUGGUUUCUUCUCAAGAAACUACUAAGAAAUGUAACUCCAGACAAGAUAUGUGGCAGAAGAAUUAUACUAGAACAAUAUAAAAAUUCAAGGUUGAAGCACUGUAUAGUUCUGGUCACCACACACCACGAAGCUUGGACUAGAGAGGAUGCAGGGGAGAUUUAGACAGAUGUGCUUAGGAUUAGAGCAUUUUGGUUAUAAGAGAGAAUUGAAGAGGCCCAGGAAUGAAAAGCAGAAUGGAGGACAGGAACCCAUUUCUAGAUGUCAGUGAACUGCGCACUAAGAUUUAAAGUAACUGGAAACUAAAAGGGAGUAGGGGUGGCAUUUUAUUUUUUACUCAAAGAAUGGGUAGGUCCAGAACUCAAAAAGGUUGGUGGAUUUGCUGUGCACUUAAGAGUAAUGAUAGGGAUUGAAAGCACCUGAACCUACAGGUUAGAGACAAAUCAGGAUAUAGGGUUUGGUUGGUUGGUUGGUUUUAUUCACCUCCCAAAAUAUCUGAUGGGUUCUUGCACCUACAAAGUGCUUAGAAGAGAAAGAAGAAAGCCCUUAACUCUGAGUGGAGUCAUCGGGAUGCCGUCACGAAGACAUUUUUUUUUAAGCAGGCUUUCUUAUUUUUACGAGGUGGAGUUGAGCCGGAUGGAGAGCGUGCAAGGGCGCCGGCUGGAUUUGAACUCUGGAGCCUUCGCUCCGAAGUCCGGCGCUGAUGCCACCACGCCACCGGCCAGCUAAAAAACGCAUAAAUAGAGGAAAAAAAUACCCCAGACUAGGGCUUCCCAACCUGGCAUCCACAGCAUAGAAGAAAGGGUUAGGAACCCAGGCCCCAGAUGAAAGCUGCAGAUCCUGUGCAGCAUUUUGAGCUGAAACGUCGACAAUCUUUCUGCCCCCCUCCCCCCACAGACAUCCCUCCACCCAAUGAGCGAGUUCCUUCAGCAGAUUGUUCUAGAUUCCAGCAUCUGCCAUCUUCAGUGUCUCUAGAAAGUUUAUUUUUCAUGGCAUUUAUACCCUGUGCAAAAUGAACUUGAACUUAACCAGUGACUGACUCAAGCUAUUAAGUGUUACUCUCCACAAGUGAAGUUGACAAGCACUUUCCUGCAUCUUCUGGGUUUUUUAGGCUUACAACUCAAGGCACAGAGAGAGGGAUUUGAUAAGAAUUUGAGGGGCAAAGCUUUUCCGUCAUUGUAGGUACACAGAAAGAGCUACCAGAGGUGGUAGUCAAGGCAAGUACAGUACUGUUCAAAAGUCUUAGGAAUAUAUAUAUAGUGCCUAAGAUUUUUUGCACAGCACAGUAGUAAUUUUCAUAUAGCACUGUACUACUGCCACAAAAAUAAAAAUAAAUUUCAUGAUGUAUGUGAGUAAUGAUAAACCUGAUUCUGAUAUGGGUCUCUGUUGGGGCCGAGAGUGGGAAGGUGGCAGGGAGAGGGGAAUCAUGGUUGGAAAAGGGGGAAGGGAGAGGAGUGGGAGUGGGAAGCACCAGAGAGACAUUCUGUGAUGAUCAACAAAUCAUUUGGAAUCAAAUAACCUUGCCUGGUGUCUCAGGGCUGGGUGUGUCUGCAUCUGUGCCAACCCCCUUCCCCACCUUGGCACUCCUUCGCUGCCACCUUUCUCACACCCCUCCCGCAGGGCUCUACCCUCACUAUCCCCAAAAUCCAUCGCUUUGAUUUACAAAGUCACUCUCUGCUCCAUGUUGACAAACACAAUACUGAGCAAAAGUCUCAGGCACCCUAGCUAUAUAUGUGCCUAAGACUUUUGCAUGUUACUGUAGAUUGACAUUUCAAAGAGAAUUAGAUGGGGUAGGGGGGUAAGUGUUAAUUGUGGGUAAAUGGGACUAGCUUAGAUGAGCACCUUUUGUCAGCAUGGGCAUAGCCUUGUUUAUGACUCCAACAACCACAGCAUCUUUGCUUGUGCUUGAUUCACAGAGUUGUUGGGAUCCAGGCAUAGUUGAUUCACAGCUAGCAGCUUCAGAAGAAGACAUAAAAAAGCAAUGCAGCUCGCAUCAUGCUCAGUCCCACUGUCAAGCACGUCAGGAGAUCAGUCAAGUCCUGCAGUUCCGUCUGAGCUGGUUGUUAGAUGCAAACGCCAGGCCAUGCUUUCACGCCUUCUGUCACUGGUAUCCAUUAGCAACCAGAAGAUAGUCACGAUGGGCGGCAUUCAUGGUUUGCUUCAAUGCACUUACAAAGUCACUAUGUACAGUGACCGAAGAUAAUUUUUCCUCCAGGGUAACUCCACUGAUGUUAUAAGAAUUUUCAUAGAGACGGGGAAUAAUUGAUGGUGGCUGUGAAGAACUGCUGGCUUGAAGAAGCUUGCAAAACGAUGAGACUAUUUUAUUUUUAAACAAAAGGAACAUCUGAAUAAGUUCUGGAAACAGCGAACUAACACGCCAGUCAUGUAAAAUUGCUGUGUGCGAUGUAAUUUAUAUGUUCAGGCCCUGCCAGAAUGACAGAUUUUUCCAUCCUUCACUGGAUCCGUAUGUCUUUGUUUCUGUAACCAAGAUCAUUGUUUGCAGUUUCAACAACCAAAAUUUCUGUGUGAUCAGCUGUCUUUAUUGUACCAGUGCAUUACUGCAACUCAAGAAAUACUAGUGUGUUGUAUAUAUAUAAUUCACAAGAUAUGGGUAUCACCAGCAAAUCUGAUAACUAUUAUCUAUCUGAGAUUGCUCCUGUAUCUAUUUCCGUCAGAGCAGAGUCAACACAUCUGCGGAGAUAGAGUCAUCAAAAGGCAAGUCCAAAAAAAGUUCUGAGACUUCUUGCGACAGUUGGCAAAGCUUCACCAGAAAAUACUGGUGCAAUUCUACACUCCAAUCUUAGAGAGCAUCCUCACAUCAGUCAUUACUGUUGGGUUUGGUACGGCAUCCUCUCACGAUAUACAAAAACUACAGUGAACUGUCUGGUCAGCAGAAAAGGUCAUUGGCUGCAGACUACCAUCACUGCAGGACUUAAGGCCAAAAAAGUGGGCAAGAACAUCCUGAUGGCAGUAAUAGGAUUAGGCCGCGCCAGCAUGGAUUUACCAAGGGCAAAUCAUGCUUGACUAAUCUGUUGGAGUUUUUUGAGGGUGUAACAAGGAUGUUAGACGAGGGUAAGCCAGUGGAUGUUGUGUACCUAGAUUUUCAGAAGGCAUUCGAUAAGGUGCCACAUAGGAGAUUGGUGAGUAAAAUCAGAGCUCAUGGCAUUGGGGGCAGGGUUUCAACAUGGAUAGAAGACUGGUUGGCAGAUAGAAAGCAAAGGGUAGCAGUGAAUGGGUGUUUCUCAGACUGGCUGGAGGUGACUAGUGGGGUACCACAGGGCUCUGUAUUGGGACCACAGCUCUUUACGAUUUAUGUCAACGAUUUAGAUGACGGCAUUGAAAACUAUAUCAGCAAGUUUGCUGACGAUACUAAACUAGGUGGCAGUGUGACAUGCGAAGAGGACGUUAGGAGAAUACAGGGAGACUUGGAUAGGCUGGGUGAGUGGGCAGAUACUUGGCAGAUGUCAUUCAAUGUGAAUAAAUGUGAAGUUAUCCACUUUGGAAGCAGGAACAAGAGGGCAGAGUAUUGUCUGAACGGUGUAGAGUUAGGUAAGGGAGAAAUACAAAGAGAUCUAGGAGUACUUGUUCAUCAGUCACUGAAGGUGAAUGAGCAAGUGCAGCAGGCAGUGAAGAGGGCAAAUGGAAUGUUGGCCUUUAUUACAAGGGGAAUUGAAUACAAGAGCAAGGAUGUUCUUUUGCAUUUGUACAGAGCCCUGGUGAGACCACACCUGGAAUAUUGUGUACAAUUUUGGUCUCCAGGUUCAAGGAAGGACAUUCUGGCAAUUGAGGGAGUGCAGCGUAGAUUCACUAGGUUGUUUCCUGGGAUGGCAGGGCUGUCUUACGCAGAGAGAUUGGAGAGAUUGAAC